CAGCGCUCAGAGAGACGGCUGGAACCCACAUCACACGUCCCUCGGAUUGCGAGGCGCCCCCGGUGUGACAGCAGAGGCGCACGGGGUGAAAAGCUCGACGGAGGUAAGGGCAACUUUACAGAGCCUAUGAGACCGCCGCGUUUUUGUUAGCGCCGCGCUCUCGGCAUCAUGCACUUCAAACCGAGCCAUGUCUGAGAAGAAAUACAGCAACCAUGGAAAUGGAUCAGAACCACACUCAGGAGAGGAUGUUCAAGGAGAUGGUGCCACGAGAGUACAGGCUCGCGGGCCUGGUGUUCUACUGCAUCAUCUUCCUCAUUGGGAUCGUGGUCAACCUCACUGCACUCUGGGUCUUCGGCAUGACCACCAAGAGGAGGACCUCCGUCACCAUCUACAUGAUCAACGUGGCCAUAGUAGACCUCACCUUUAUCAUCCUCUUGCCCUUCCGCAUAGUCUACUAUGGGAUGGACCACUGGCCGUUCGGUGACAUGUUCUGCCGGGUCAGCGCGGCACUGACUGUCUUCUACCCCUGCAUGGCCCUCUGGCUCUUCGCCCUGAUCAGCGCCGACCGCUAUGUGGCCAUCGUGCAGCCCCGCCACAGCAAGGAGCUGAAGAAUGUGCGCAAGGCGGUGGUGUCCUGCAUGGGUGUGUGGGUCAUGACCCUCGGCAGCACAGCGCCCCUCCUCUUCACCGACGACGACCCCGACCACGCCUCCAACUUCACCACCUGCGCCAAGACGCGCGACAUCGUCCACCUGCGGCAGGACAACCCCGUCAACUUCGUGCGGCUCAUCUUCUUCUUCCUGGUGCCCAUCUGCAUCAUGGUGGGCUGCUACGCCAUCAUCGUGGACAACCUGAUCCACGGGCGCACCUCCCGGCUCAAGCCCAAGGUCAAGCAGAAGUCGGUGCGCAUCAUCGUCACGCUCAUCGUGCAGGUGCUGGUGUGCUUCGUGCCCUUCCACGUCUGCUUCGUCGUCCUGUUGCUGGGCGAGGGCGGGCACGAGUACAGCCCCUGGGCCGCCUUCACCACCUUCCUGAUGAACCUCAGCACCGUGCUGGACAUCAUCCUCUACUACAUCGUGUCCAAGCAGUUCCAGGACCGCGUCAUCAGCGUCAUCCUCUACAGGAACUACCUGCGCAGCGUGCGACGCAAGAGCCUGCACACGGGCAGCGUGCGGUCGCUCAGCAACCUCACCAGCGCCGUCAUCUGAGCCUCGCCGCUGGUCAGCGGCCCUGUCUGUUAACCGUCUGAGCGGAGGUAAC